UUGGAGAACAUAGGCGGCCCCGGCACUGCCUCGGACGUUGUGGUGGAGGACGAGGACACCGGGUCCACCGGGUCCACCGGGUCCACCGGGGAGGCGGAGGAAAGCUACGGGGAAAGUAACGGAAACAUCCCGCCGACCAGGUCUCUUGUGAUCAUCAGUACCCUGGAUGGACGCAUCUCUGCUCUGGACCCUCACAACCAGGGCAGGAAGCAGUGGGAUCUCGAUGCCCGGUCCGGGUGCCUGGUGUCCUCCAGCCUCAGCAAACCUGAGGUGUUCGGCAACAAGAUGGUCAUCCCCUCACUGGACGGUGCCUUGUUCCAGUGGAACCGGGACAGGGAGAGUAUGGAGGCAGUGCCUUUCAGCGUGGAGUCCUUGCUGGAGUCGUCCUACCGUAUCGGAGAGGACACGGUUCUGGUCGGGGGGAAAUCCCUCACCACCUAUGGCCUGGGUGCCUACAGCGGCAAGCUUCGGUACAUCUGCUCCACGGUCGGAUGCAGCCAGUCGGGGGAGAAAGAGACGGAGUCGGAGGACGUGCUCCUGCUGCAGAGAACUCAGAAGACUGUGAGAGCCAUCAGGCCUCGAUCAGGGAUGGAGAAGUGGAACUUUAGUGUCGGGAACUUUGAGCUGAAGCUUCUUCCCGAGACGCAGUCUGGAAUGAACUUCCUGGAGGGGGAGGUGGCGAGUGGCGACGGCUGGAGGGAGAGUCAGCGUGUCAUCAUAGAUGAACCCAAAGAGAGGGAGCCCACGGAGAACCAGCACAAACAGAACCAGAAUCUGGACCUGGUCAUCAAAGUGUCCGUUCCCGAUUGGAAGGUCAUGGCCUUCAGCACUGGGCCUGAUGGUCAGCUGGUCUGGGAGCAUCAGUUCUGCACACCUAUUGCCUCGGCCUGGCUGGUGGGCGGAGGGAAGGUCUCACCGAUCAACCUGUUCGACGACACCGCCUACAGCAGCCAGUCAGAAAUUGAUGAGGACGACGAUGAGGACGAUCCUGGGAAAGCCACCAGGGGCGCUGCGGAGUCUAGUGUCUACUUAGGGAUGUUCCAGGGACAGCUCUAUCUCCAGUCCUCAGUGAAGAUCUCUGAAAAGUUUCCCUCCAAAGCCAUCGGGUUGGGGACCGAUAUAAUUCCACUGCCUACUGUCAAGUGGAAGCCUCUAGUCCAUUCCCCGUCCCGCACCCCCGCCCUGGUCGGCUCCGACGAAUUCGACAAGUGUCUGAAUAACGACAAGUUCUCCCAUGAAGAGUACAGCAACGGGGCCCUGUCCAUCCUUCAGUACCCAUACGAUAACGGCUACUACUUCCCGUAUGGCAGCCAUUACCGGGAGAAGCGCGACAGCUCUGUGAGCCUGACCAACGGAAACGUGGCCGGGGCUGAGAGCCGCCGGAGGAAGGACCCCGUGCUGCUGCUGCCCUGGUGGAAGGAGAUCAUCGGCACCAUCAUCUUCUGCAUCGUCGCCACCACCUACAUCGUCCGCAAGUUCUUCCACCCGCCGGCCCCCCCGGCCUACGUGAGGCAACGUAAAGAGUCGGAGACCCAGUGCCAGACGGACAGCAAGUUUGACCUGGAGGUGGUUGAGUCCAAGGAGCCGGUGGCCACGGAGCCCCGCUCCAGUGACUACGUGUCCAGGUACCUGACUGACUUUGAGCCGGUGCAGUGCCUCGGGCGCGGCGGGUUCGGUGUUGUGUUCGAAGCCCGAAACCAAGUGGACGACUGCAACUACGCUAUCAAACGCAUCCGUCUGCCCAACAGGGAGCUUGCCCGUGAGAAGGUGAUGCGGGAGGUGAAGGCUCUGGCCAAGCUGGAGCAUCCAGGAAUCAUCCGCUACUUCAACGCCUGGCAGGAGAGCCCCCCCGAGGGCUGGCAGGAGGACAUGGACAAGCGGUGGCUGAAAGACGCCAGUACCACCGACUGGCCCAUGAGCUUCCUCGACCACAUGGAGGCGCUGUCAGUCAAAGUGCCCGUGUCCAGCGCCGUCUCCCCGGGCGGGCCUGGAGGAGACGUUCUGGAGUCCUCCACUGAUUCCCGCGCCCUCCUCUCCAGCAGCGCCGGUGAAGCCGUGGGUUUCGGCGUUGACACCAUCGACCUGUCCUUCCACCCGCUCCUGGGCCACGACAGCCUGAUGUCGGAGAGGGACAGCCAGGCGGACCCCGACGCCUCCGACACCCCCCACUCCUUCGAGCUGUGCCCCCCACGCGGCCCCAGCGACUGCACCUCCUCCUCCUUCGACAUAGUGUUCGAGGACUCGGGCUGCGACCGGGACGCCGAGGCGGACUCCGGUGACUCUGUGACUUCCGGUGUGACCAGUGCAGGCGUGCUGUCGGACAAGAGCUGCUCGUCUUCCUCACACACCAGACAACGGGAAUCCGUCCCUCCCUCCUCUUCCUCCCCCCCUCGGCCAACCUCACUCACCCUGGCUCUCCCUACAUCUCCUCUAACUCAGCGAGUCCAGCCCUCUCCCAAGGUGUACCUGUACAUCCAGAUGCAGCUCUGUCGGAAGGAGAACCUGAAGGACUGGAUGGCUCAGCGCUGCCUCCCGGAGCAGAGGGAGCACAACCAGUGUCUGGAUAUCUUCCUGCAGAUCGCCGAGGCUGUCGACUUCCUGCACAGCAAGGGGCUCAUGCACCGGGACCUCAAGCCCUCCAACAUCUUCUUCACCAUGGACGACGUGGUGAAGGUGGGAGACUUUGGCCUGGUCACGGCCAUGGAGCAGGAGGAGGAGGAUGACGAGGAGCCCUGCGCCCUGACGCCCGCACCGCUCCUCACCCGCCACACGGGGCAGGUUGGCACCAAGCUCUACAUGAGCCCAGAGCAGCUCUCUGGAAACUCGUACUCUCACAAAGUGGAUAUUUACUCUCUGGGUCUGAUCCUGUUUGAGCUGCUCUAUCCGUUCAGGACGCAGAUGGAGAGAGUGAGGACUCUGACUGAGGUGCGAGCGCUGCGCUUCCCUGACGUCUUCUCCAAAAACAACGUGCAGGAGCUGAGUAUGGUGCGCAGCAUGUUGUCGCUGAGCCCCGGCGAGCGGCCCGAGGCGGCUGACAUCACGGGGACGCCUCUCUUCCAGGAGCUGGAGCCGCCGUUCCGCAUGGCCAUCAGGCAGCGCUCCCGCACCUACAGCGCCUCGUCCAUGGGCCGCCCCUCACGCCAGUCGUCCUCCAACUGAAGAUCCCACCACGCAAUAUCUAACCCCCCCCCCCC